AUGCGGAACUUCCUUGGUGUUACGCUGCUGGGGCCCAGGUUAAAAGUCGUGAACUGGGUACCAGCCGGGGAAGUACAGAUCGAUUCAUUUUGGAGGUUGUGUGAUCACAAGGAAGCGGGAUCAGAUUUCUUAUCGCGGAAGGUGUAUUAGUCUGUGUUCGCGACAUGGAUGCCGUGCUUAGACACCGCUCUCUGUAUAAAGGAACGACCCCCCCGUGGAAGGAAACUUACAGGAAGCGCUGCAUGGAGAGGCUGAAGAACAGCCGGUCACAGCUGCUGGACCGGUACCGGCAGGCGGGGGAGAGCCCGCGCAGCAGCACCAAGGCCUCCUUUGUGGUCCAGGAGGUGAUGGAAGAGGAGUGGAAGGCACUGCAGUGCACCAGCGGGAGGCUGCCCUCUCUGUGGAGCAAGGACAGCAUCAGAGAAAUGUACAGCGUAAUGCAGGAUGAUGACGAGCUCGCAGUGCUAGAAGAGAUACAGCAGGAACUCCUGUCACAAGAACAGUCCAUCAUCGACGAGUAUGAAAAAAGCAUGCUGUACGAGGAGCAGUGUCUAAACGCGAUGGUGGAAGGAAUGGGGGCGGAAAACCAAAUCAUCUGUCCUGUUUGCCACAUGAAUAACCUGACUGUUAAUAGCCACUUUAUCUCGUGCCAGUGCGGAGUGUACAUCAACACCAGGCACAGGAAUAUCACAGCAGAGCACCUCCGUUCGCUCCUAGAGAGAAGUGUCACCGACCACGUGGAACAGUGCUUCCACAGCCCUGUGUUUUCUGUAGCCACUAGCACUGAAGGAUCUGCAAAUCUUCUCAUCAGCUGCAUGGCCUGUGAUCAUUUGUCAGUCGUCCUGUAAAGGGAGAGGAGUUUGUUUUAACAGUGGAAGAUAUUUUGCUUCCGAAUCGGAAAGCCGCUUCCAUCUUUCUUAUCUUGUGUCUUUAUUAAAUUUCUGUGAAAUAAAAGUUUUUCUCUAUUCUUGAU